CGAAACGUAAGCACAUUGCAGGCGUGUCUAAUUGAGCGGCACCAAGAACCACACGGCGUCGUCCUCUUGUUCUGAACAACACGCCCUCUUCUCGCCCUGAUCCUGAACACUGUUGUACAGAGGGUCUCCUCCGAUCCCUGACACUAUGAAGGUCCUGUAUGUUCUACUUGCCAUUGUGGCAAUUGCGAGCGCACUGCACAGAAUCCCGCUGACAAAGAUGAAAACUCUUCGUCGUCAGCUGGCAGAUGUUGGCAUCAUCUACGACCAGAUAAUGGGCCACAAGGGUUACAAUGGAACGUACGACAACAUCCAGGACGCACCAGAGCCACUUCAUAACUAUUUGGAUGCACAGUACUACGGCACGAUCGCUAUCGGCACCCCUCCCCAGAGUUUCCAGGUCGUGUUUGACACCGGUUCCUCCAACCUGUGGGUGCCAUCUAGCCAUUGUCCUCUCACUGACAUCGCCUGCUUACUCCAUAAUAAGUAUCACGCCGACAUGUCCAGCACCUACGUGAAGAACGGCACUACAUUUGACAUCCGAUACGGGUCUGGCAGCUGUAGUGGCAUUCUCAGUAAGGACACAGUCACUAUCGGAGGCCUGAAGAUAGAGACCCAGACAUUUGGGGAGGCCACUAAUGUUCCUGGCGUGGCGUUCAUUGCCGCCAAGUUUGACGGCAUACUUGGGAUGGGAUACUUCGAAAUAGCGGUGGACGGCGUCGUACCGCCAUUCUACAACAUGGUCAACCAGGAACUGGUCGACAAGCCGGUCUUCUCUUUCUACUUGAGCAGGGAUCCCUUAGGUACCACUGGGGGUGAGUUGCUGUUGGGUGGGACUGACCCUAAGUACUACAGUGGAGACUUCACCUUCGUCAAUGUCACAGAGCCUGGCUAUUGGCAGUUCAAGAUGGAUGGGAUAAUGAUCAACGGCCAGGCUUCUGCAUACUGUAAGGGAGGCUGUAACGCCAUCGCGGACACGGGGACCUCUCUCAUUGCCGGACCCACUUCUGAGAUCCAGGCUUUGAACAAACUAAUUGGUGCCACCCCCAUUGUUGGCGGAGAGUACACGGUGGACUGCAAUAAGAUCCCGUCUCUCCCGACCAUCUCCUUUGUGCUGGGUGGGAAGUCGUUUGGACUGAAGGGGGAGGACUAUGUCCUAAAGGUGAGCACGAUGGGGCAGACUGAAUGUAUCUCUGGUUUUCUUGGCAUCGAUGUACCUCCGCCACGUGGCCCCCUGUGGAUCCUGGGAGACGUUUUCAUUGGACCGUACUAUACGCAGUUUGACUUGGGCAACAACCGGGUAGGAUUUGCCCGCGCCGCCUACAACAACGCCACAAGGGUGUAACGGCCAACAUUUAAGCUAAGGCCACAGCAAGUAGAUUUUAUGGAUGACAUCAGCGCGCGCGUUAAUUUUCGCCUGAUUUCAGAAAAAAAA